AUUGAUGAUCCAAUAGCUAUCCUUACAAUAUAUUCUAAACCAGUAUAGUCAGGAUCAUAAACACAACGUUUAAAUACCCGACUAGUCCUAAAGAUGGUUUUGUUGUAACUAGUGGUCAGAAAGGUCUUUUGGAGACGGCUACAAGAUGAAAGAGUUCAACACUUUUACAGAAGCUCACACGUGUAAAGAUACACUCAAAGCUUUUAGGGAACUAAGUGCAAAACUUGGAUUAGACGAUAUACCUCAUGAACAGUUUUUUGAGAAAUUGAAAUCAGGAUUGGUCAACUGGAAGAUUAAACGAUUCUUAGAUCAAUUGCAGAAAAGAUUUACAUCGAAAACACUAAAUGGCGAUGCUACUAAAGUACUAGUUGUUGGUGCAGGGCCAUGUGGACUACGUUUAGCCAUAGAGACUGCCUUUAUGGGAUGCAAAGUUAUUUUGAUAGAUAAACGCGAUGCUUUCACUCGAAACAACGUCCUCCAUCUCUGGCCAUUUACAGUAACUGAUUUGAAGAACAUAGGCAUUAAACAUUUUUUCGGAAAAUUUUGCCAAGGGGAGCUAAAUCAUAUAAGUAUUCGUCGCCUUCAAAUUUGUCUUAUGAAAAUAGCGUUGGUGCUAGGUGUAGAAGUUCAUACCAAAGUUGAAUUUGAAGGCUUGCAGUGUCCACAGAAAAAUGGUGGAACAGGUUGGAAAGCGGUUUGUAAGCCACACAAUCACAAGGUUUCCUAUUUUGAAUUUGAGGUUUUGGUGGCAGCUACGGGAGCUCGUGAUGCUCUUUGUGAAUACAAACUUCGAUUUGAAAAUGGAACAGUCACUAAACAAGGUUAUUAUAUUAGUAAUAAGUAUUUUAAAGUAGAUAAAUAUUCUGUAGAUAAUAUUGUUUUCUUACUUUAA